AUGGAGAAGAUGUUAUCGGGAGAGCCGUACAACUCAUGGGACCCGCCGCUAGUGGAGCUGCGACAGCUCGCGACGCAGCGAACGUCGGCGCUGAACGCGACGCCGGCGGGCGAGGUGGAGAAGCGACGAAAGAUGUCGUACGAGCUGCUGGGCGAGGCGGGCGAAAACCUCUUCAUUACGUCGCCCUUCCUCUGCGACUAUGGCUGCCACAUCACCGUGGGCCGUAAUGUGUACAUGAACUUUGGGUGCGUGCUGCUGGACUGCAACCGCAUCACCAUCGGUGACGACGUCCUCUUCGGCCCCUACGUGCAGCUCUACACUGCAGCGCACCCCACGCACCCCACAACGCGCCUCACGGGAGUUGAAACCGCGCACGCCAUCACCAUAGGCUCCAAUAAGACCAUUCGUGAGGAGAAGAAGACUCCGUUACCCAUUCCUCCUCUCUAUGCGGACGCUCACCGUAUUCUGCUCUUCGCGGCCGUCUGCCGUCGCUGGCGCGGUCUCACUCAGCGUUGCGUCUCCGCGCUUCUCGUCCGAGAGAAUCUCGUCGUGUCUCGCCAGGCUCUCGCGAGUGCGGUCGCUGCCUUACCGAACCUGACCCAUCUUCACCUGUGCGACGGCAGCGUGGAGACUCUCGACGACGCCUUCCUCGCUCACCUCGCGUCGUCAUGUCCCAACCUCGCCAUCCUCCACGUCGGAAGCAGAAUUGCGCCUGUGAAGUGUAAAGAUCAUUAUGCCGGUAAAUGCGAGAAGGACGCGCUACCUAUAACAACCGCUGGCCUGGAUUUCUUUUUCCGGCACUGCACUCGGCUAGAGCAGCUUUCACUUUACUGCCUCGACCGUUGUGCCAAAUUCCCCGCUUCCUUCUUUCAGCUGCCGCAUCUGCACACUCUCGCGCUCACAAAUGCUUCACCGCUCGAAACUCCCAAAUUUGCUAAGCUUACGUCGCUCACCAGCCUGCACCUUGCCUCCAGAUAUCUCUUAAAACGAGUGGAAAACAUCGUUCGCCUCUCACGCAUCACCACCUUCUCAAGCUCAGAUGAAGCCGUAGCAUUUCACCGCGAUUCCCUGGUCUCUGCAGACGUCGACAUGGCACAGCUGCCUCUGCUCAAGCCGUCUUCCCUGGUGUUUGCCUACUUCGACACCACGCAGCUGGCUCUGCUUAAGUCCUACCACGUGGCUGAUCUGCCAGACGUCUCCGUGCUGCCUUGGCUGAGAAAGCUUUGCUUAAAGCUGGUUGGUGGGGAGGAGAGAAUGGCUGUUGGCAGCAGCUUGGCGCGCGUGAAGCAGCUGGAGCUGGCGCUGCAGGAGGAGGCUGUGGAGCUGCCCUUCUCCCUUGCGCUGCUCCCCCAGCUGCACACGCUGGUCAUGUGGAACGCGGGGAAGAUGCUGCGGCUUCCAAGCGACAUGGGAUGGGCUGUGCCGCAGCUGAGGGUUCUGCAGAUCCACUGUGCGCGGGAAUUGAGGGAGCUGCCGGACAGCAUUGGCGCUGCAUCCCGCCUGCGCCAGCUGCACCUCUUUGACUGCCCCGCUCUGCACCACCUGCCCGCUUCCCUCACCCAGCUUGCAUGCCUGCACCAACUGCAUGUGGAGAACACCGGCCUGCGCUGCCUUCCUUCCGGGUUUGCGCAACUGACCAGGCUGCGCAGUCUUAGUGUGCGUGGUUGUUUGCAGUUGGCGGGUCUGCCAGAGGAUCUCACGGAGCUGAAGAUGCUGCGAUUAUUGAAUAUUGGAAGUUGCAAGAAUGUGUGCCCUGGGUGGAACGAAGUUCUGGAGCCUCGUGGGCUCGAAGAUAUGUACGGGUUGAAAAUAGACCUUUAUUAA